CCCUUCCUCCAUGCCUAACCUUAGGCUGCCUGUACAGUGUAUGGACGCGAGCCGUUCUCCAGGCUGAGGCAAGUAGGUCCGGGCAGGUUCUCUCGUGACACAGUUCUCUAUCACGACCGGCUCUUCUCCCGACCGGAGCCGCGCUGUUUUAACUCCGUGUCCUCUUCCUAUCUGUGUCGCAGUUCCCCCCCCCCCGGGACACCCCCACUAGACUGACUUUUCUGAGCUCCGCCAAGAAGCUUUCAAUGAGCCCCCGGGACAGACCACUGUAGCUGUAGAAGAACGCAGGGGGGUCAGGCUGCCAGUCAGUGACUGCCACAAGAUGAGGGCACGAACUUGCCUGCUGCUGCUGCUUCUUGCUGCCUGCUUUGUUGCGGACUUGGUGCAAGCGGGAGGAAAGAAGACCUAUCAGGGGCCAUGUGCAGGACGAGAUUGCAGCGGGGGCUGCAAAUGUUUUCCAGAGAAAGGAGCUCGAGGUCGUCCUGGACAGCUUGGGCCACAGGGCCCGAUGGGGCCCCCAGGAUUUCAAGGGCCAACUGGCAUUUCCGGACCUAAAGGUGAAAGAGGGUAUCAAGGAUCACCAGGACCAUCUGGACCUAAAGGAGACCAGGGUGCUAUGGGAGUUCCUGGGUUUCAGGGUGCUAAUGGGAUUCCAGGUCAUAGCGGACAGCCAGGUCAUAGAGGUUUUCCUGGACUAGAUGGGUGUAAUGGUACUAAAGGAGAUGAUGGCUACCCUGGGCCUCCAGGAUUUCAAGGGAGUCCAGGUUCAUCAGGAUUUUCAGGCCCAAAAGGCCAAAAGGGAGAACCUUCCUUUGCUCAGGGUGAAAUUAAAGGACCAAAGGGUGAUGAUGGACUAAACGGAAUUGAUGGUUUUCCUGGGCCACGGGGACCACCUGGACCUCAAGGUCCAACAGGGCCAGCUGGGCCACCUGGCUUAGCAGGUCCACCGGGGAUGCCCGGCUUCCCAGGUCCAAAAGGUAACAUGGGAGUAGGUUAUCAAGGCGAGAAGGGAGAUAAGGGAGACACUGGCCGUCAGGGUGAACCAGGACCUCCUGCUUCAAGUGGAAUGGAAUUCUUUGCAACUUUUCUGAAAGGAAUCCCUGGAGACCUAGGUGAUUUUGGUCCUCUUGGAUCUCCCGGGUUGCCUGGACCACCUGGUCCUCCAGGGUUUAGAGGACAAGGAGAAAAAGGGGAAAAGGGUAUUCCCGGUCUGCCUGGUCAAAGGGGCUUUCCUGGACAAGAUGGUCUUGAUGGGUUUCCGGGUAACAAGGGUCAGACCGGUCUUGCUGGGGGUCCAGGACGUGAAGGUUUCAAAGGGAUGAAGGGUGAACCAGGAGACUUAGGUUUUCCAGGAAGCCCAGUAUAUAUUAAUAACGGUGGUGCAGCAAUUCAAGGUUUUCCAGGAGAUCCAGGACCUCCUGGAUUCCAGGGAAUGCCAGGGGACGAUGGAGACUUUGGUCCACCUGGUCCUCCUGGUCCCCCCGGAUUUCCAGCGUUUGGAAGGGGCUUUCCUGGUAGUCCAGGAUUUCAAGGUGUUCCAGGAUCUAAGGGGGAAAGGGGAGACAAUGGAAGACCAGCUUUUGGGCAAAAUGGUACCCCAGGAAGAGUUGGUCCACUAGGGCCACCUGGCCCACCAGGGCCACCAGGACUUCCAGCUUUUCGUUCACAACGAUUAGAAAGAGGUGAGCGUGGGGAACCAGGAGAAAAUGGUUUGCAAGGGCCACCAGGAAAAAUUGGAGCCAAAGGAAAUAAAGGAGACUUUGGUGACUGUGCAUGCCGUGGUGGUACUGUUGGCAAUGGAAGAGUUGGAGAUCCCGGACCUGCAGGCCCACCAGGAACUGAUGGAUUUCCUGGAUUCGAUGGACAACCUGGCGAUCCUGGCAGAAGAGGAUCAGAGGGCCCAGCUGGACCUCCUGGAUCUGCAGGACAACCUGGUGGUCCAGGACCAAAAGGAGAAAAGGGAGAUCCAAUAUUUCCUUCUGGCAGAGGAUCACGUGGAGACCCAGGAUCUGUUGGACUUAGAGGGGCACCUGGAUUUUCGGGAAACCCAGGCAGGGAUGGCCGACCAGGGUCUGCUGGUCGAAAAGGCGCACCUGGUGAAGGUGGAAUUGGCAACCCGGGGGAGAAGGGUUUUCCAGGUCAACCUGGUCAAAAGGGAAGUCGAGGAGAAAGUGGACUUCCAGGUGUUGGCUUUCCAGGUUUACCUGGUUCUCGUGGGCUUCCUGGUGACCCAGGUUUACCGGGACUGGAUGGACGAGCAGGUGAACCUGGACCUCCUGGUGACUGCUGCUGCGGGGACAAUGUUGGUAAUGGAGACUUAGUCACAGAGGGAGGCCUCACCUUGCCAUGUAUAAUUGCUGGAGAAGUUGGAGAUCCAGGAAUUCCCGGCAACCCUGGGCUUCCAGGUCCCAAGGGUGAAAACGGAUUCUCAGGAAUUCCUGGGCUACGUGGCUUUGAUGGCGCCAAAGGACAACCAGGUAGCCCAGGACUUGGUGGAUUUCCAGGACCUCCAGGAUUUACUGGACCUCGUGGAGAUGAAGGUCCUAUUGGUUUUCCUGGCUUGGAUGGCAUUGAUGGACUACCGGGAAAACCAGGAAUCCCUGGUUUGCCUGGUUUUAAAGGAGCACGUGGUGAAGUUUUGGGUGCUGAACCUGGUGCUCCUGGUGAGCCUGGAAGACCAGGUGUCAUAGGAGAUAAAGGAAUUAGAGGAGAAUCUGGUUUUGAUGGACAGAGAGGUUUAGAUGGACGUCCUGGGCUAAUGGGUGCUAAAGGUGAAAAGGGUAAUGCUGGUUUUCCUGGUAGCCAAGGUCCCAGAGGAUUCCCUGGAUUUGGAGGUGCAGCUGGUAUUAAAGGAAGACAAGGUCCUGUGGGAGAAACUGGAUUUCCAGGGUCACCGGGCUGCCAAGGUUUUCCGGGAGCAAAGGGUGUACCUGGAGAUAGAGGAGCCCCUAGCCCAGUUGGGACAAAAGGUCGUCCAGGUCCUGAUGGAGAUCCUGGUCGCCCGGGAGAGUUAGGACCUCCUGGAUCGCCAGGUCCUAGCGGACGUGAUGCUUUGUCUGGCUUCCCAGGAUCUAAAGGUGAUAAAGGCUCUCCAGGUUUGAUUGGCUUUCCUGGAAUGCCUGGUCUGCCAGGGCUUCCUGGUGGUGUUGGAAUAAAAGGAUCUUCUGGAUUUCCUGGAAGAGAUGGCAUUCCUGGUCUGAAUGGGAGAAAAGGAGAGCAAGGCAGUACAGGUGAUCCAGGCCCACGAGGCCCUGAAAAACUUGUAGACCUUAGUGAACUGAGAGGAGAUCGUGGUGACCCAGGAAGAGCAGGGCGCCCAGGUUUCCCUGGACCAAGAGGUGAUAAAGGAUUUCCUGGUGUUCCUGGUUCAUCUGGACUUCCAGGUUUGCCAGGUUCCCCGGGGCUAGAGAAGGGUAGACCUGGAGAUGCUGGUUUCCCAGGAGCAAAUGGAAGGCCAGGUAGCCCUGGAUUGAAAGGAGCACAAGGAAUCGUAGGUUUUCCGGGGAUGCCAGGACCAGUUGGUGCAGAAGGAUUACCUGGAACCCCAGGUUUUGCUGGCCCCUCCGGUCAACCUGGAAUUAAAGGUGAACGUGGAGAAUCACUGGGACAGUCUAGUAUUCCAGGGCCCAAAGGAGAACCAGGAAAUCCAGGUUCAAGAGGAUUCAAAGGAUUUCCAGGAGAUGUUGGACGAAUUGGAACUCCAGGAAGCCCUGGACUGAAAGGCCAAGCUGGAGAUACAGGGCGUCCAGGACAACCAGGUUCCCCAGGCCUGCAGGGAUUUAGAGGAAACCCUGGAUUUGUGGGAAACCCAGGUUUACCAGGACGCCCAGGAUUCCCCGGACCUGUAGGAGCUCCAGGUGUUAAAGGUUUUCGAGGAUUUCCAGGUUUGGAUGGACUAAAUGGUUUGCCUGGCACAAGGGGCUUACCUGGCACGCCUGGUUUAAGUGAAGCAGGACGCCCAGGAUCACCAGGAUUUCCAGGUUCUAAAGGCGAAAGGGGCUUCUCCAACACAGUACCUGGACAGCCAGGGAUUAAUGGUGUAAAAGGUGUUAGUGGAGAUUCAGGCUUACCUGGUGUUCCUGGCCCCCCUGGACCUUCCGGACCUCCUGGAACAUCAACUGUUAUCCCUGGAAUACCUGGAGACCCUGGACCCGCCGGAAGACAUGGAGAGUUGGGACUGCCUGGCCUUCCUGGUCCACGUGGACCCCCAGGACCUGCCUCAAAUCAAGGAGAUACAGGAGAUUCUGGAGUACCGGGAGGACCAGGAAGACCUGGAUUCAAGGGAGAUUCAGGAAUACCAGGAAACCCUGGAAGCUCCGGAGCACCUGGAGUAAAAGGUCUCAGGGGGGAUCCCGGUUUCAUGGGUGUUCCAGGAAAAGAAGGUCCUGUCGGAGAUUCUGGAUUUUUUGGUUCUAAAGGAGAAAGGGGCAAUGCAGGUUUUCAAGGUCCUGUCGGACGUCCAGGUCUUCCUCCUGUUGAUGAUUUUCAGUAUGCGCUUGGGAAUCCUGGUCUGCCUGGAAUUAAUGGCUUUGAUGGUGGGCCUGGAGAUCGUGGUGCACAAGGACCAUCAGGACAACCUGGUGGAAAAGGCUUUCCUGGCAGGCAAGGGCAGAUGGGAAGAAAUGGUCCUUCGGGUCAGCCUGGCUUUAUUGGUGAUCCCGGUGAGCCUGGAUUUCCAGGACUCCCAGGAUUUGAAGGUGCCCCAGGAAAGCAAGGCGUGGCAGGAUUACCCGGUAUGCCUGGACGGAGUGUGGGCGUUGGGUAUACUUUGGUAAAACACAGCCAGGCAGAACAGAUUCCUCCAUGUCCUGUUGGCAUGAGCAAGCUUUGGGAUGGUUACAGUCUGCUGUACGUAGAAGGACAGGAAAAGGCUCACAGUCAAGACCUGGGUCUCGCCGGAUCUUGUUUACCUCGAUUUACCACCAUGCCUUUUAUUUAUUGCAACCUCAAUGAGGUUUGCUACUAUGCCAGCAGGAAUGACAAAUCGUACUGGCUCUCUACUACUGCACCUAUUCCCAUGAUGCCAGUGUCCAGCACACAGAUUAGAAACUACAUCAGCCGCUGCUCUGUGUGCGAGGCUCCUUCUCAAGCUGUUGCUGUUCACAGCCAAGACAACACAAUCCCUCAGUGCCCAGAAGGUUGGAGGAGUCUCUGGAUAGGAUACUCUUUCCUUAUGCACACAGCAGCUGGUGCCGAAGGAGGUGGUCAGUCCUUGGUAUCCCCCGGGUCAUGUUUAGAAGAUUUCCGGGCUACACCUUUCAUUGAAUGCAAUGGAGGAAGAGGAACUUGCCAUUAUUUUGCAAAUAAGUACAGUUUCUGGCUUACGACUGUGGAAGAGAGGCGACAGUUUGGUGCUGCUCCUCCUUCUGAAACACUGAAAUCUGGACAGCUUCGAACACGUGUGAGCCGCUGUCAGGUUUGCAUGAAGAACUUGUAGCACAUCUGUCCUUCCAAGAACUUAACUUGAUUUCCAGCCUCAGUCAAUGUUCAGAAAUGGCAUGGAAGCUGGCCAACCUAAUCCAUGGGCAACUGCCUUGAAGCUUGGAGAUGACAACAAGGCACUUUUUUAGAAAAUAGCAAGGAUAUCUGCUGUAAACUCAUCCCUUGGACAAAUGAGUGAGACACUGUACAUGAAGUAUGGACAGGUCGCAUUUUGAAAAGUAAAUAUUUUAAACAAAAAAAAUGGUGCUAACCUUUUAGGUUUGUCUUAAAAUAGUGUAUUAUUCCUGGCUACCUCAGAAACGCCUUCUGAAAAUACUCAUCUACAACUAUGUGGUACUGUCAUAGAUUAAGGUGACUUUCUGCUGCAGCAUGCUAGGCUAGAGUAUUAGGUAACUUGAAUAUGACGUGCUACUUCAGUCACUUUUCCAAAGUAUAAUCUGUAAUGUUCACCUUAAGAUACAUAAGAUCGCCAUAUUUUCUAAGGACACUUAAGUCAAAAUAUAGGUAAGACUUCCUAAAUCGAUGCAAAACCUAAAGUGAAUUGUUUCUGAGGAUGCUUGCACAUUUUCACUAUAUUAGAGCUUUAUUAUACUUAAGUUGCAGCAUCACAUUAUAUUAUACCAAACUAGACACGUAUUAUUGUAUAUUAAAGAAUUCUCGAUGGCGGUGAUCCAUAGCUUGUUCACAUAGUACCUUAUGAGGUGGUGUAGCCAAGAAGAUGGAUCUCCAGCCAUGUACUACUAAGGAUGUGUGAACAAGCCUUAAAAGAUGAAUGAUUAUAAUGUUCCAUAAAGACUGCUACAGCCAUCAUUAUGAAGACCUGGAUAGCCUGACUUGUACUGACCUUGCUCUAGAAUAUUCUACAUCCCACCAACGUUGGGGACUGUCCCUCACCAAUUUCUUUUGUUGACCACUAGAUCCCGGUCUUUCCGAGGUAGCCUUGGUGCUUAUGUUUUGUAAUUAUAAAGAUUUUUUUUCACAUUUGCCCAUAUACAGGCUAGACAUAACACAGUGAAUAUGUAAAUUCUAGUUGAUUAUAUUUGUACAAUAGCUUCUAUUUUACUUGAUAGGAUUUUUAUUCCAAAACUGUUUGUGUUUUAUUCUACUAUAGCAGAGUUUUCCUUUAGGUGCAAUUCCACAUUCAGGACUACUGAGGCAAAGCUCUGUUACUCUUCAUCAUAUGUCUCACAACAUGAAUAAUAUUUACUGUGUAAGGGAAAUUUGAAUAGAAAGAUUUGAAGUGAACACAACCACUGUGUAAAUUUUGAAUAAAAAUGAUCCCUCACUAAAACAGUGUCGAUAAUUUUUUUUUUUACCCCAACAGAAAAUUGGACGCUAUGGCAAUAUGCCUGUCGACAUGUAGACAUAUGACAUCACCAGAUAGCAAUGCACACAGAAGCAAGACAUGUAUUGCACAGAAGAAGUUAGGCCAGACACA